GAAGUUCAACUCUCAACCAACAUAUUUUUAUCUUGUCAUCCAAUCUUCUGACAAACUUUGUUUUCAUUCUUUAUCACCUUUUGUUAAAUAAAAUUGACAUUUAACUGGAUUCCAUUUGAAACCAAUUACAAAGUCAAGGCAAACAGUCUCAUAAAAUCUGGACUGGACCGACACACAUCAGCAAUCAGCAAUCAGCAAUCAGCAAUGGCUCCUUCCACAAGCUUGCUGUUGUGUUGAGUCUUCAUAACCCAACUCCUCAAAUCAAUCUUUCUUUCCUUCUUGGUCUUUUAUUUGCAGUUUGAAGAGUAUUCUUACUAUUCCUUCUUGUUUUGUUUUAGCCAGAAAUGAAAACACUAGCCAAGUUACCUUUGAAAUCAUCAGAUAAAUUGUACAAGUUUGGGGUGGAUUUUUGUGUGGGCAAGCUAAGAUCUAUUCAAGUUUUGAUUUUUACUGGUCUUCUCUACUUGUGUUUGGUUGGUUUCGAAAUUCCAUUUGUUUUUAGAACUUCUGUUUCGCUCGAACCGAUAACUCGACCUCAUGAACUAAAAACUGAACAAGAUUUUCAAGCCACCAAGGCCCCGUCUCGUCCUGUGAAGAACUGGGUUUCGCAAAACUCUAACUCGCAGGCUCAGACCCAGACUCGACAAGUCAAUCACUCAAAAAGCAGAAACAAAAUUCUCUCAAACUUGUCAUUUGAUAACAAAACUUUCGACCCGAGCGGUGAAUCCUGGUCUUCUGACCUCUACAAGACGGCCCGAACCGCUUAUCAAGAGGGAAGAAAAUUGUGGGAAGAAUUCGAAUCAGGGAAUCUUCAAAUCGAAACCGAAAAACCUGAAAACGUAUCAGAAUUGUGUUCACACUCCAUUUCACUAUCCGGGACGGAGUUUUUGAAGAACGGAAAGGUGAUGAUUUUGCCGUGUGGACUCACACUGGGGUCAUAUAUUACGGUGGUGGGGAAGCCAAGGCGGGCCCACCCAGAGACUGUCUCGAAGAUUUCCCUUGCCAAUGGCGGUGAGGAAGUGAUGACUUCACGGUUCAUGAUGGAGUUGCAGGGAUUGAAGACUGAAGAAGGAGAGUACCCGCCAAAGAUAUUGCAUUUUAAUCCAAGAUUGAUAGGGGAUUGGAGUGGGAACCCAGUGAUUGAGUUAAACACUUGUUACAGGAUGCAGUGGGGUUCGGCGUUGCGGUGCCAGGGAUGGAAGUCCACGCCUGAGGAGGAGACCGUUGAUGGUCUCGUGAAGUGUGAGAGCUGGACUGAAAAUAAUGACAAUCUUGCUGAAAAGUCUAAAUCAAAAUGGUGGGAAAACAUGAAUCGGUUUCUAGGUGUAAAGAACAAAGUGACCAUUGAAUGGCCAUUCCCAUUUGUGGAGGACAGUCUUUUUGUACUGACUCUUCGUGCAGGUUUUGAGGGUUAUCAUGUUGAUGUUGGCGGGAAUCAUAUCACCUCCUUUCCUUUUCGAACCGGAUUUACUAUUGAAGAUGCCACUGGGCUAACUUUGGAUGGGGACGUUGAUGUCAUCUCAGUAUUUGCUGCUUCCUUGCCUAUGUCACAUCCUAGUUUUGCACCUCAAAGACAUCUUGAGAUGUCAACUGAAUGGAAGGCUCCAUCUCUUCCUGAGCAGCCUGUGGAACUUUUUAUUGGAAUACUUUCUGCAGGCAAUCAUUUUGCUGAGAGGAUGGCUGUGAGAAAGACUUGGAUGCAACACGAACUUGUUAAAUCAUCACAUGUGAUAGCUCGUUUCUUUGUAGCACUGCAUGCUAGGAAGGAAGUGAAUGUGGAGCUGAAGAAAGAAGCAGAGUUUUUUGGUGACAUUGUGAUCAUUCCUUACAUGGAUAACUAUGAUCUUGUAGUGUUGAAAACUGUUGCCAUCUGUGACUAUGGGGGUCACACAGUAUCUGCUAAGUAUAUUAUGAAGUGCGAUGAUGACACAUUUGUACGAGUAGAUGCAGUUAUUAAUGAAGCAAGGAAGGUACCUGAAGGCAGGAGCUUUUACAUUGGGAACAUCAACUACUACCAUAAGCCCUUGCGCAAUGGUAAAUGGGCAGUAACAUAUGAGGAAUGGCCAGAAGAAGAUUAUCCACCCUAUGCUAAUGGACCAGGCUACAUAUUGUCAUUCAACAUUGCACGAUCCAUCGUGUCUGAUUUUGAAAACCAUAAACUAAGAUUGUUCAAGAUGGAAGAUGUGAGUAUGGGAAUGUGGGUAGAGAGUUUCAACAGCUCAAAACCUGUGGACUAUCUACACAGCUUUAAAUUUUGUCAGUUCGGGUGCAUCGAAGGUUAUUAUACAGCUCACUACCAAUCUCCAAGGCAGAUGAUCUGCCUGUGGAGUAAAUUGCAAAAGCUGGGAAAGACUCAGUGUUGCGAUAUGAGAUGAUUGUGGUUUCUGGUGAAGAACAUGGAAACAAAUUUUGCAGUCAGAUGGCACUAAUUAUUCAUUAUGUAUCAUGUGGUUAGGCGUAUUUAGGUCUCUUUCAAAUCCUUUCCUAUUAUAUAUUCUUUCAUUGUUUCCCCCUUUUGUCUUAAACAUUUCAAUACACGUUCUGUAUUUCACACAAUAAUGAUAGCAGUAGAAGGAAACUGAAUGUGAUUAAGAAUUAGGAUCCAAAA